CAGAGCACAUACCGUAGGCGGACCCCAAUGACAAACGGAUAACCUACACGGACUUUUCCCUUUUAAACCCCAAACAGGACGUUUUAAUUAACAUUUUGGUAACGCUUAGCACGAGGUAUAGGGGUGAAUUAUUAGUAAAAAACAUUCACAACCUAAACCAGCUCUUGAGAAAGGGAAUGCUUGUUUUAAAAUAACUAUAAAUCUUCCGUCCGUCCCUGGAUGCUGGCGAAAGCCUUAACGUUACUGAACUUCCGGGUUUUCCUGUCACUCGAACAACCGUGCGUCAUGAUGUGGGCGGGCUCUCGUUUGCUGUCAACGUCGGAAUUCAAGCGGGAUGUGCAAUCCUUCAUGAACAUACCGAGCUUUAAUACAGAUCCUUAAAAUGAUAGAAGGGCGUUUAUUGAUUUUGAAAAGCGUGUUUUUGUGAUCAUAAAUAGAUGACAGCAUGAGGAGCCGCAGUAAUUCAGGGGUGAGGUUGGAUGGAUAUGCCAGACUUGUCCAAGAAACAAUAUUAUGCCACCAGAAUCCAGUGACAGGUCUACUGCCAGCUAGCGAGCAGCAGAAGGAUGCCUGGGUCAGGGAUAAUGUUUACAGCAUCUUGGCAGUGUGGGGGCUCGGCAUGGCUUAUCGCAAAAAUGCAGACCGUGAUGAGGACAAAGCUAAAGCCUACGAGCUCGAACAGAGUGUGGUUAAGCUCAUGCAGGGGCUGCUGCAGUGUAUGAUGAGACAGGUGGCAAAGGUAGAGAAGUUCAAGCACACACAGAGCACAAAGGACUGCCUGCAUGCCAAAUAUCACACACCUACCUGUGCCACAGUGGUUGGUGAUGAUCAAUGGGGACACCUGCAGGUUGAUGCCACUUCACUGUACCUGCUCACAUUGGCUCAGAUGACUGCCUCAGGUCUACAUAUCAUAUCUAACAUGGAUGAAGUGGCGUUGAUCCAGAACCUGGUUUUCUACAUCGAGGCAGCGUACAAAGUGGCUGAUUAUGGGAUGUGGGAGAGAGGAGACAAAACCAAUCAAGGAAUUCCUGAACUAAACGGCAGCUCUGUUGGAAUGGCUAAGGCCGCUUUGGAGGCCAUUGAUGAGCUUGACUUGUUUGGAGCUCAUGGAGGCCCGAAAUCAGUGAUUCAUGUUCUACCAGAUGAAGUAGAACAUUGUCAGUCUAUCUUGUGCUCCAUGCUACCUCGAGCUUCCACCUCUAAAGAGAUAGAUGCCGGUCUGCUCUCUGUCAUCUCCUUUCCUGCGUUUGCAGUGGAGGAUGCAGAUCUGGUCAACAUCACAAAGAGUGAAAUCAUCACCAAACUGCAGGGACGUUACGGCUGUUGUCGCUUUAUCCGUGAUGGAUACAGGACCCCAAAAGAGGACCCUGCUCGCCUUCACUAUGAUCCCGCUGAGCUGAAGCUCUUUGAGAACAUUGAAUGUGAGUGGCCAGUGUUUUGGACUUACCUCAUACUCGAUGGCAUCUUCAAUGAAGACCAUGAGCAGGUGCAGGAAUACAGAGAGGCUCUUGAUGGAGUUUUGAUCAGAGGCAAACAUGGGAUUCGUCUGGUGCCUGAACUCUAUGCUGUACCUGCUGACAAAGUUGAAGAGGAGUACAGGAACCCUCACUCUGUGGAGCGUGUGGCCGCUGGCCAGCUCCCACACAUGUGGGGCCAGUCUCUGUAUAUCCUGGGCUGUCUGCUGGCAGAGGGAUUUCUGGCCCCUGGAGAGAUUGAUCCUCUGAAUAGGCGUUUUUCUAAAGAAUUCAAGCCAGAUGUUGUUGUGCAAGUGAGUGUAGUGGCUGAGUCAGUGCAGAUCCAGCAGCUGCUGAGGGAUCAAGGGAUUGAGGUUCAGACCAUCUCUGAGGUUUCGCCCAUCCGGGUCAUGCCAGCUCGCAUCCUGAGCCACAUUUACGUGAAACUGGGCAACUGUAAAAAGCUGAAUCUGAGUGGGCGACCACAUAGGCACAUUGGUGUCUUGGGAACUUCAAAGUUUUAUGAGAUCAGAAAUGGUACUUACACGUUCACUCCACAGUUCAUUGACCAGCAUCACUUCUACUUGGCUUUGGAUAACCAGAUGAUUGUGGAGAUGUUGCGAACAGAGCUUGCUUAUCUCUCGUCCUGCUGGCGGAUGACUGGAAGACCUACCCUCACGUUCCCUAUCAAACCGAGCAUGCUGGUUGAGGAUGGGGACAGUAUUGACCCCUGUAUCCUCUCUACCCUCCGGAAGCUUCAAGAUGGCUACUUUGGGGGUGCAAGGGUGCAGAUGGCAAACCUCUCUUCAUUCCUCACAACCUCAUUUCACACCCAGCUCAGCUUCCUGGAUGCUGACUCUGAAGAGAAUCUGCUUGAGGAAGAGGAAGAAGAGGAAGCUAGUUUUGGGUCCUCAGGAGGUUCAGGACACAUGUUUGACCAGUAUCUCACAGAUCUAUUGCACAGCACUGCUACAAAUUGCCAUCUGCCUCCCAUUCAGGGGGGGCAGCACCACGUUUUUAGUGCUGAACACACCACCAGGGACAUCCUUUCUUUCAUGGCCCAGGUUCAGGGCCACAACAUGCCCAAGCCUUCCAUGUAUUUGCCUGUUGUCCCCAUCAUGAGCAAACACAGGAAGUCUCUCAAUCUGCUUGAUGUUCCUCAGCACAAUGUUUCUCACCACACCAAGGCCGAUAGUGUUGAACUGCACUUGCCACGUGAUUCUCAUGGGAACACAGACUUCGCCUGUCUGGUCAAUCAGCUAAAGAAUUGUUCAACCCUUCAGGACCAGGCAGAUAUCCUUUAUGUCCUCUACGCUAUGAAGGGUUCAGAUUGGAUCGUAAAUCUGUCAGGACAAGGAGAGGCAACUGUUCGCUCCCUGCUGGAGGAGCUGUAUGUUCGGGCAGGAGCGUGUAAGGAGUGGGCCCUCAUCCGCUACAUUUCAGGCAUCCUGAAGAAAAGAGUGGAAGUCCUUGCUGAGGCUUGCACAGAUCUGAUCUCCCAUCAUAAACAGCUGACAGUGGGUCUUCCUCCCGAACCCAGAGAGAAGGUCAUCACAGUUCCUCUUCCUCCUGAAGAACUGAUUAGCUUGAUUUAUGAGGCCAGUGGACAAGACAUCAGCAUUGCCGUCCUCACUCAGGAGAUCAUGGUGUAUCUGGCCAUGUACGUGCGCUCUCAGCCGUCUCUGUUCGGAGACAUGCUGCGUCUGCGCAUUGGCCUCAUCAUGCAAGUGAUGGCUACAGAACUUGCUCGCAGUCUACACUGCUCAGGUGAGGAGGCAUCAGAGAGCCUGAUGAGCCUCAGUCCUUUUGACAUGAAGAAUCUCUUACAUCACAUCCUGAGCGGGAAAGAGUUUGGUGUAGAGAGGAGCGUGCGUCCGAUUCAGUCUUCCACCACUAGUCCUGCCAUCUCCAUCCAUGAGCUUGGACACACGGGGGCCACCAAGACAGAGCGCACGGGCAUCAGAAAGCUCAAGACUGAAAUCAAACAGAUAUUUACCAGCAGUCAGUCCAUCAGCAGUAAUUUCACAUCCCCUCGUUCCACGCGAUGCAGCAGUCCCUCCACUCCCAGCGGGAUGCUGUCUCCGACCAGCACGGUAGACUCACAUCUGCAGUGGGAGGAGCGCCAGGGCCAGUGGCUGAGGAGACGCAGACUGGACGGGGCCAUAAACAGGGUCCCCAUGGGCUUCUACCAGAAAGUCUGGAAGAUUCUCCAGAAAUGUCAUGGCCUCUCCAUUGCUGGAUAUGUCUUGCCUUCCUCCACCACCCGUGAGAUGACGGAAGGAGAGAUCAAGUUUGCAGUGCACGUGGAGUCUGUACUGAAUCAUGUCCCACAGCCUGAGUACAGACAGCUGCUGGUGGAGGCCAUUAUGGUGUUGAUCCUUGUAGCUGACAUGGAGAUUCCUAGUAUUGGGGGAAUCAUUCACAUCGACCGCAUUGUUCACAUGGCCAACGAUCUCUUUCAACAGGAUCAGAGAUCCAGCGGGGCCAAUGAGUAUUUCUUGGAGAAAGAUCCUGCCACGGGAAUCUGUAACUUCUUUUUUGACAGUGCUCCUAGCGGCAGCUACGGUACUAUGACUUAUCUUUCCAAGGCUGUGGUCACAUACGUUCAAGACUUCCUGCCAAGCAGCAGCUGUCUAAUGCAGUAAAGACUGCAGUUCCCACCAAAAGAUGGUGACCUUUAGGGAAGAUCUAUGACCAGUUUUAUUAAAUCAAAUAGUUCAGUUGACCUCAGUUCAGUAGCAAAGGACAAGCAUCAACAGGGAAGCCACUAAAUAACACCACAGGAUAUGUUGUGAAGCUAACAGACUGCAGGAUGUGGACCACUGUGCCGUUCUGUGUUUUAAGUGUACAAUUCUAAUUUAAUAACUGUAAAUGCAAUUAACUAAUAUAAUAUAAUAUAAUAAUAUAUAAUUUCAACAGAAACACUUUACAUGGUUUUAAUUAUCUUUUUAACUAAUUUACAUAAUUUAUAAUUUUGUGUUAAUAGAAAAAUGUUUAUUUUAUUUAAAUUGGUGCUUCAGUUGUGUCUAUAGAGCACUUAUAGUUUGAUCUGUAUCAUGUCUCUAGUUAAACAAAACACUGUUAUAUUACAGUAAGAUUUGAGUCUUAAUGUUAUCCUAUACAUUAUUACAUUAUAAAACUACUCUGAAAUGUGUUAUUUAACAGGUGCUUCUUAUUUAAAGAAACAUACUAUAAAAAAAUGUAUAUUUCAUAAAUCAUACAAUUAUAUGUAAAAUUAAUUUAUAAUCUGUUCUUUGCAUGCAAUCAUGCAACAUUGUAACUCAUGGAAAAGCCAAGCAUGUGCUCUUCUAUAAACUGGCAAAUCAUGCAUCAGAAUAGUUUUUUGUUCAUUUCAUGAGCAAAAAAAGAGGUCAAUUAAUGAAGAAAAUCAAGAGAACUUAGCUUGACUAAACAGAUUUGUUAGAGGAAAUGUUUUACGUUUUGUUACAGGUUUCAAUCUAAGACAUUUGAAGAGAAACAGGGCAUUUGAAGUUGUUUUCAUUUUGGACAAUGACAGUAGAAAUGUUCAGUGUGCAAGUUCUGGCUGUCUUUAUUUCAUUUUGUCCUGUUGUUUCUCACGUUUAUCACAAAUUACUACUUUUGAAGGAAAGUACUGUAUUUUAAUCUCCGUUAAGCAUUUGUAUAACCACAGACAAAUAAAAUGUAAUUACUCAUUAA